CUCCCUGCGGGAUCAGAGCGCUCCCCCGCCGGGACCCUUCUCUCACAUCCCCCUGCUGGGACGCGGCUACAUUUCCAGCCAAGCUCUGCCUGCCUUGGCUUUAUUAUGUGUGUCUGCGCCGCAGCCCCGCCAGCAGAGGCAGGCAGAGGAGGCGGAGGAGGAGGAGGGAGACUGGUAGCCAGAGUCAGGACAAAGAAAAAGCAGGGAGACAGAGGCGAGCGGAGGUUCUUACAGAGCAGAGUGGGAAUUCUGGGAUCAUAGUUGGGAAUAUUUUGGUAGGGAGGGCUGUGGUUGCGCAAGGUAUUUGGGGAAAUAUUAACUCUCUCUCCCUCUCUUACACACACACACAUCUUCUCUCUCUCCCUCCCUCUCUCUCUCUCUCUCUCCCCCUCUCUCUCACACACACAUACACAUUAAGAAGGGUUGUCAGAGACGGUAUUCCCACUCCGGGUGGAGAUGCAGCAGCAGGGGGAGAGCGUAAUGUCCAUGCCACCGUCAGACCAACAACAGCACCACCACCACCUCUACCUCCACCUCUACCACCGCCUCCGCCGAGUGUAGACUAACGGGACGGAGCCGCGUACAGGGAGACUCGGAGAGGUGCCGCUGUCCAAAAGGGGAAAAGAGAAGAAGAAAAAAAACAAUAAGAGACUGAAAUAGUUUUUUUUUUAAACUGAAGAAUUUCGGAGGAGAAGAAGCAGCAGGAGAGAAGCAGGGAGCGCAAGACACGAAGAGUUUUGACGCUGAAGCCAGAAAUAAUUUUACCGCUCCGUGCGCGCCGCGACUCCUCACCUGGACCUGAUCACCACGCACUCCAACAACGUCUGUCACUUUUCACCUGCGGGACACUGUUUGCUCUCGUGUGCCUUCAUUGUGCAUCGCCCACCACCACCACCGCAGCAGCAGAAGCAGCAGCAUCAGCCGCGGGGAGGAUCGAAGCCCGAGCGGCGAGAGCGCACGGAGCCGUGCCGGAGGAGCGGAAAAGACGAGCGCGGCGUAAAGAGGGAGAAACACGGAGGGAAACGCGAGGAUUUUCCCGGUGGAGACGGAGGACGGGCGACAACUGGAAGUUUGUUCCUACAGGUUGGGAAAAGGAGCCGAGCGUCUUCCACCGUGCAACAGCCGCAGCAGCAGCCGCUCACGCCGCUCCGCUUCCGGUGUGUGCUGUUGGUUUUCACCGGUCUUCAGCCGAAGCUGCCGCAUUGCAACAGGCAGAGGAUCGGCGGCGGCAGCCAGGAAGUGUUGGACCAGGAGGUGGGAACGACAGACCGGACUGCGUCCUGUCCGCAUGUUGGACCGGAAACCCUGAGCGGAGCUGAGCCGUAGGGAGAGAAAAAAACAAACAAACAUUUGAGAGGAGAGGAGUUGGAGAGGAGGCAGAGAUGUCGAGGAGGAAGCAGGCCAAGCCGCGCUCCGUCAAAGCCGUGGAAGAAGGGGAGUCUUCAGAGUGUGGAGGCACCUGGGAGGAAUCCACCGUCCAGACAGAAGUCCCUGCGUCCGACAGAGAGAGCGAGACCAAGGAAGCGGCAGGAACCGGCGCCGACGACGGUGAGGAAGAGCACGAGGACAGGGAGGAGCGAGAACGAGACGAGGACCUGGACGACGAGUCCAUCUUCACCUGUGACAACUGUCAGCAGGACUUUGAGUGUCUGGCCGAGCUGACGGAACACAGAACCAACCACUGUCCGGCAGAUGGCGAUGACGAUCCAGCCGGCCUGUCCUGGGUUCCUUCCUCACCCUCCAGUAAGGACGUGGCGUCCCCCUCACAGAUGCCCGACGGCUGCUGUGACCUCGGCAUGGCCACGGGCGGCGAGGAGGAAGGAGGCGCAGGUCUGCCUUACCCCUGCCAGUUCUGUGACAAGUCCUUCAGUCGUCUGAGUUACCUGAAGCGUCACGAGCAAAUCCACAGCGACAAGCUGCCGUUCAAGUGCACCUUCUGCAGCCGCCUGUUCAAACACAAGAGGAGCAGAGACCGACACGUCAAACUGCACACAGGAGACAAAAAGUACAGCUGUCAGGAGUGUGAGGCUGCGUUCUCUCGCUCCGACCACCUGAAGAUCCACCUGAAGACCCACAGCUCCAGCAAACCCUUCAAGUGCAGUGUGUGUAAACGCGGCUUCUCCUCCACCUCCUCACUCCAGAGUCACAUGCAGGCUCACCGUAAAAACCGAGAACACCUCGCACUGAGGAGCGAGAGGGACGGAGGCAAGAAAGGAGGAGCGGGAGGAGACGCUGACCUGGAGCAGGACCUGUAUAUGUGCGACUACUGCGAGGAGACGUUCAGCCAGACAGACGAGCUGGAGAAACACGUCCUGACCAGACACCCGCAGCUGUCGGACCGCGCCGAUCUGCAGUGCAUCCACUGUCCUGAGAUCUUCCUGGACGAGGCCUCUCUGCUCACGCACAUCGAGACGCAGCACGCCAACCGGAAACACAAAUGUCCCGUCUGCUCCGAACAGUUCCCCUCGGUGGAGGACGUCUACUGUCACCUGGACAGCCACCGUCAGGCCGACUCGUCCAAUCACAGCGCGGCCAGCCCCGACCCGGCGUUGGGCAGCGUGGCGUCCAUGAGCUCGGCCACACCGGAUUCCAGCGCCAGCCUGGAGAGAGGCUCCACGCCCGACUCCACGCUAAAACCCAGCCAGGGCGGCGAGCGGGGCAGGAGGAGAGGCACGGACGGCGGGGAGGAGCUCGCCAUCGGCCUGAGUCAUCACGGUGGAGGUGGAGGCGGUCACUGGAGUAAGGUCACGUACUCCUGCCCCUACUGCUCCAAGAGAGACUUCCACAGCCUGGCGGUGCUGGAGAUCCAUCUGAAGACCAUCCACGCCGACAAACCUCAGCAGAGCCACACCUGUCAGCUCUGCCUGGAGACGCUGCCCACGCUCUACAACCUCAACGAACACGUGCGAAAGGCCCACCGCGCCAGCGGGGGCAGCGUGGGCACGACGGCGGCGGCUGCGGCGGCCACGGCGGCUUUCCCUCUGCUGCAGUUCACCAACGUGACGGCGUUUCACUGCAACUACUGUCCAGACAUGUUUGGAGACAUCAACUCGCUGCAGGAGCACAUCAGAGUGUCCCACUGUCUGCCCGGGGGCAUCGUGGCUGGAUCCACAACGUUAGAGGGAAACCACGCCUUCUUCUGCAACCAGUGCUCCAUGGGAUUUCUGACAGAAUCCUCGUUGACUGAACACAUCCAGCAGACGCACUGCACCUCCGCCUCGGGGGGCGGAGCCGCCACUGGAGGCGCUGUGACUAAACUGGAGUCUCCGGUGCUGCAGGCUGCCUCUCAGUCCUUCAUGGAGGUUUACUCCUGCCCCUACUGCACCAACUCCCCCAUCUUCGGCUCCCUCCUCAAGCUCACCAAGCACAUCAAGGAGAACCACAAGAACAUCCCGUUGGCCAACAACAAGCGUCAGGCCAAGGUGGCGGACCUGAGCCCCGCCUCCUCCGACGUGGAGAUCUCCUCCCCGAAACGCCACAGACUGGGCGGCGACUCCACCCCCUCCUUGGGCAGCAACGGCGACUACCCCUGCAACCAGUGCGACCUGCGCUUCUCCAGCUUCGAGGGUUUCCAGGUCCACCUCAAGUCCCACCUGGAGAUGCUGCUGCGGCGUCAGUCCUGCCCGCAGUGCAACAAGGAAGACUUUGAAUCCCAGGAGGCGCUGCUUCAACACCUGACGGUGCACUACACCACCACGUCCACGCAGUACGUCUGCGAGAGCUGCGAUAAACAGUUCUCCUCGGUGGACGACCUGCAGAAACACCUGCUGGACAUGCACACGUUUGUCCUGUACCACUGCACGCUCUGCCAGGAGGUCUUUGACUCCAAGGUCUCCAUCCAGGUUCAUCUGGCAGUGAAACACAGCAACGAGAAGAAGCUGUUCCGCUGCACGGCCUGUGCCUGGGACUUCAGGAAGGAGACGGACCUCCAGCUCCACGUCAAGCACAACCACCUGGGGCAAAGGGCAGGUCUCCCUGGGGGACUGGGAGCAGGUCUGAAGCCCAGGAAGUGCAUCUUUUGCGGGGAGACGUUUGGAACAGAAGUGGAACUCCAGUGUCACAUCACCACACACAGUAAAAAGUUCACCUGUCGCUUCUGUGGCAAGGCCUUCCACGCCAUCUCACUGUUAGAGCGCCACCUGAGGGAGAAGCACUGCAUCUUCGACGGAGGCAGCAUUACAGGCAACGGCGGCGGCGGAGGAGGAGGAACGGGGAGCAGCGGCAGCCAGAACGGGACGCCCAACGGCCUGGCCCAGUCGUCCAAGCGCGGAGGGGUCGGCAGCGGUAACGGAGCGGGAGGCGUGGAGCGGGUGACGGUGACGGUGGCCGCUGCGGAACAGGCCGACCUGCAGAACAUGGUGCUGAAGGCCGGAGUUGUGGGUGGAGGCUCGGGCCAGGGCGGAGACGCGGUCAACAGCCACGAGGCCAGCGGGGGCGAGGAGGAGCUGGACAACUCCGAGCCCAUGUACGCCUGCGACAUCUGCGGCGCGGCCUACACCAUGGAGUCACUGCUGCAGAACCACCGGCUGAGAGAUCACAACAUCCGACCGGGAGAGGAUGACGCAGGUUCCCGAAAGAAGAAGGCCGACUUCAUCAAAGGGAACCACAAGUGCAACGUUUGUUCCAGGACGUUCUUCUCAGAGAGCGGGCUUCGUGAGCACGCUCAGACGCACCGAGGACCGGCCAAACACUACAUGUGUCCCAUAUGUGGGGAACGGUUCCCAUCUUUGUUAACCCUCACUGAGCACAAGGUGACCCACAGUAAAAGCCUGGACACAGGGACCUGUCGGAUCUGUAAGAUGCCCCUGCAGAGUGAGGAGGAGUUCAUAGAGCACUGCCAGAUGCACCCCGACCUCAGGAACUCCCUCACGGGCUUCCGUUGUGUGGUCUGCAUGCAGACCGUCACCUCCACCCUGGAGCUGAAGAUCCACGGCACCUUCCACAUGCAGAAGCUCUCCAGCGGUUCCGCGCUGGGAGGAGUCGCGGGCGGGAACGGAGGAUUGGCGGCGACGGCGCCGGGCGGUGGGGUGGGCUCGGCGUCCUCGUCCCCCAACGGACAGCUGCAGCAGCACAAGCUGUACAAGUGUGCCUUCUGUCUGAAGGAGUUCAAGAACAAAGGAGAGCUGGUGAAGCUGGACGUCAACGGGCUGCCGUACGGGCUGUGUGCCGGCUGCAUGAACAGGGGCACCAACGGCCAGAGUCCCAACCAGGGGGGCGCGGCCACACCCGGGGACGGGCCGGGAGAGAAGGUCCUGACCGGGCUGCGUUGUCCAGAGUGUGGGGUGAAGUUUGAAACCGUGGAGGACCUGGAGAGUCACGUCCAGACGGAUCAUCCAGAGGUCAGCCCCGAGACCAGCGCGGCGGGAAAGAAGGCCGAGAACCCACUGGCCCCCAAGAAGAAGACCUACCAGUGCAUCAAAUGUCAAAUGACGUUUGAAACAGAGAGAGAAAUCCAGAUCCACGUCGCCAAUCACAUGAUCGAAGAGCCCACCUGUCGGCAAGAGGAGGGCAUCAAUCACGAGUGCAAGCUGUGUAACCAGAUGUUUGACUCACCUGCCAAGCUGCUCUGCCACCUGAUAGAGCACAGCUUCGAAGGCAUGGGUGGUACCUUCAAGUGUCCCGUCUGCUUCACAGUCUUCGUUCAGGCCAACAAGCUGCAGCAGCACAUUUUCGCCGUUCACGGUCAGGAGGACAAGAUCUACGACUGUUCCCAGUGUCCACAGAAGUUCUUCUUCCAGACAGAGCUACAGAACCACACACUGAGUCAGCACGCGCAGUGAGACCGAGGCCCGGCAGGAUCUCUCGGCUCAGCCGGGGCCCCCGACCCGGAGCCGGCAGGGGACCCCCAUCUCCGCAUCACAGCCAAUCAAAGUGUCAUUUGCUACUCACAUGUAAAACUCUAACGAUUGCGCCACUGGGCGCGGCUAUUAGAGGCAGCGGGCGAAAGGAAUAUUAAUGGGAUAUGCUAUUAAAUAAAGAGAAAGUGGGAGAAACUGUAAGAGCCGAGAUGAAGUUGGAGAAAAAAAAAAGGUAUUGUACGUGCAGUAUUUUUUAUUGUCCCUGCCAAGCCUCACCCUCCCUCUCUCCCUCCCUCCCUCCCUCCCACCUGCCUCCUCCUCCCAGUCUUCUUUCCUUUUCUCUUACCCCCGUUUGUGCAUUUUAUUUUAUUUUUUACAAAUGGACGAAAAAGCAAAUGAAAAACGCCCUCUUUUGAAAUUUUCUUUUUUCUUUUUUUAAAACACUACCGCCUAGUAAAAAGCUUCACUUUAUUUCCUCGGUUUCUUGUUGUAUUCAACUUCAUAGGUGUUUCUUUUCUUUGCUGCCCCCCCCCCCACCGCCAUAGUACUAUUUUCUGUUUUUUCUUUUUUUCUAUUUUUUUUGUACCGUUCAUUUGGCGCCGUCAGUAGGUACUCGUGCUGUGUUGUGACUGUUUGUUUGCCGGUUGUAAUCCUCCUCAGUCCCCCCCUGCCUCCUCCCUCCCCGUCUCCCUCAAAAUCUCCUUUUUAUGAUUAUUGUUAUAAAUAUAUUUUUCCCUUUUUUGUAAUUACUAUGAAAAAAAACAUACAAACAAAAUAAAGUGCAGAAACCACACAGAUGUUUCUUUUUUUUUCUUUUUUUUUGGAUUGGGUUUUCCAGUCUCUUUGGGGCCUGAACUGCGGUUAUUGUACAAAUGAGUAUCUUGGUUUCAGUGCAUCUGGUCAACGACUGCUUUUUAAAUGUGAAUUAACCAGAUUGCAUUAAUCUAGUACAGAGGGAAAAAAACACAAAAAUAAAACAAAUAAAUAAAUGAAAAAUUAACAACUGGUGUGAUGUGCAGUUAUUCCAAUCAAAUA